UCUCUCUCCAGUCCAGUUUAUUUCACGGGUUGACCUCUUAUUAGGGAAGUGAAUCUAUGUGGAUUGUUGGUGGAUUUGACUAAAGAUUAUGCGGCAGAUUGAGGGGCUUUUAAUUCUUGUUUUGGUUUUUCUUCUGCUAUGGAAAGUAUUCAAUUCAGCUUCAUUAUGAGGCAGCCGGAGUUAUGAUUUUAAACCCCGAGUUGGAUAAACAUCCUCAGUUUCACACCAGUAUUUAUUUCCACCAAGCUGAAUUCUCGUAAUCUCACCAGCACAUUUGUUCAGACUCCAUAUUUGAGGUAUAUCACAUUAAGUUUCCAGUCGAAACAUUUAUUAUUUCGUUGUGCAUGCCGUCAAGGCUGCUACACCGGAAUCUUUUGAGGGCAAGAGGAUUUCCAUCAUAAAUACUCGCCUGCACUUUGCUAUAUUCGCACCGAAAAGUUUCACAGCAAACAAGUUUGUUAGGAAAAAAACAAGUUAGAGGUAUAAAUUCCAACAUCUCAAUCAAGAAUGGAGCAAGAAGGACAGCAACAAAGGCAAUCCAAAGAGGUGGAAAAUCCUGCUCCACAUCAGCCACCACCACCCAGGAAAUGUCCUAGGUGUGAGUCGCUCAAUACCAAGUUUUGCUACUACAACAACUACAAUCUGUCUCAGCCUAGGUAUUUCUGCAAGAAUUGCAGGAGAUACUGGACUCAUGGUGGAACCCUAAGGAACGUUCCAGUCGGCGGUAGCUCUCGAAAGGCCAAACGGGGCAGAGUUUCGCCUAUUUCAUGUGGUGGAGAGAGCUCAAGAUCUCGACCUUUCCCACCGACAAGACCACAACAACCACCACCACAGCAGCAGCCAGAGGGUAUUUUCCCAAACAUAGCCAACAUGGCUGCCUUGGUUUCAGGGAUUGUUAACUUACCCCCGAGCACCCAGCAGUCCUCGAGAACCAUUUCUUGGGUUCAUCCACUAAUACCAAGUUCAAUUUAUCCAAAUGGGCUGUUUGCUGGAUUUGAUGGCAUGCAAAUGCCACCCUUGAGCGGCCAAGGUCAAGGAAUGAGUCGACCACUCCAUAUUGGCGGUGGGAUUGAUGCUACUACUGGAGCGGGUGCUAAUACCCCAAUCUUUCAUGGAUUUGAUUUCUCAUCCAUGAAACCCCAGCAGGCUCCAUCUCAACCGCUGCAAAUUCGCGAUCAGCCCAGUCAAUCCAUUGGAAUAGGUAAUCAAUACAAGGACAAGCAACCUUUGUUCACACCUGAUGGAAACAUGGCUUUGACUGCAGGAAAUCUGAAUUCUUGGACCACUGCCGGGAAUUCCAGCAAUGCUAGUACCUCCAACUCCAACAUCUGGACCAACACCAAUGGAGCAAGCACCUCUUGUGGCCCGACUGAUUCUUCUUUCAACCCGAAUGACUGGCCUAAUAUUCCAGACUAUGAUGAUGGUGAAUAAUUUUCUGAUUGCUGAGAAAUCAGUUGCAGAAGAUCAUGUGCUUUUGAUUAGAAACUUCGUUGAAUCACUGUGUUGCCUUAUAGAUCUGAUAUACAUAAGAGUGGAAAGAAAAUCGGGAUUUAAAGGUUUAGGAAUCUAUGUAAAUGGAAUAAUAGCAGCCUAUAGCCAGCAGAUUAUGGCUAGAUGAUGUUUAAUGUUUA